CUUGUGCCGUGUCCGUCCCCGGGCGGUCGCGAUGGUGUUCCGGUGCCAGCGGGACAGCUGGGCCCGGCAGUUCGCCACCAGGGUGGUGUCGUGCCAGGCGGCGGAGCUGCGGCCCGAGGGCGGCGGGGAGCCGGUGCGCGGGUUCCAGGUGGUGCUGGAGGACACCAUCCUCUUCCCCGAGGGUGGCGGGCAGCCGGACGAUCGCGGCCUCAUCGGGGACGUGCCGGUGCUGCGCGUGACCCGGCGGGGACCCGAGGCCGUGCACUUCGUGCCGGCCGCGCUGGAGCCCGGCGCCGAGGUGCUGCUGUCGCUGGACUGGGAGCGCCGCUUCGACCACAUGCAGCAGCAUUCAGGACAGCAUCUCAUCACUGCCAUUGCAGAACAGAUGUUUGGAUUCAAGACAACUUCAUGGGAGCUGGGCCGUCAGCGAAGCCUCAUUGAGCUGGACACCCCCUCAAUGACAGCAGAGCAGGUCAAGGCCCUGGAGAGGAGCGUGAAUGAGAAAAUCCGGGACAGGGUCCCUGUGACAGUGAGGGAACUGGCUGCAGAUGACCCUGAAACUGAAAGAGUGAGGAGCCGGGGGCUGCCCGACGACCAUGUGGGGCCAGUGCGUGUUGUGGACAUCGAAGGCAUCGACUCCAACAUGUGCUGUGGGACUCAUGUCUCCAACCUGAGUGACCUGCAGGUUAUUAAACUCCUUGGCGUGGAAAAAGGGAAAAAGAACAAAACCAACUUGAUUUUCUUGGUGGGAAACAGAGUGCUGAAAUCAGUUGAACAAAGUCACAGUACUGAGAAGGCUCUAACCUCCCUGCUCAAAAAUGGACCAGGUGAGCAUGUAGAAGCUGUGAAAAGACUGCAGAGCUCUGUGAAACUGCUCCAGAAGAAUAACCUGAACCUGCUUAGAGACAUUGCUGUUUUGAUAGCUCGGGACUUCAAGAGCAAACCUGCUCCAAGGCAGCUGUUUGUGUUACACAGGAAAGAGGGUGAUUCUGAAUUUAUGAACAUCAUCGCUAAUGAGAUUGGGACAGAGGAAACUCUGCUAUUCCUGACUGUGGGGGAUGAAAAAGAAGCAGGACUCUUCCUUUUAGCUGGACCUGUUGAAGCAGUUGAGAAUUUAGGUCCCAGGGUGGCAGAGCUGCUGGGAGGGAAAGGAGCUGGAAAGCGUGACCGCUUCCAGGGCAAGGCAGCCAAGAUGAGCCGUCGAGGAGAAGUGGAAGCUCUGCUCCAGGAAUUCAUCAGCCAUCGAAGCCCUGAAGUCCCGGGCAGGCCCUGAAGCUGCUGCAGUCUCAGCUGGAGGAACUAAAUGGUGCUGUGGAGCCACAGUGAGGCACAACAGGUGUUGGUGUUUCUCAUCACUCAGGACAGACGUCCUUCCUCCACCACCCCCAGUCCAUGCCACAGCCCUGCACCCAGGAGCUGAUCCUGCAUCCCACAGCGCAGGCCAGCAGAACACUCGAACUCACCAGCUAAACACACCUUCAGCUUUAAUAAAAUACCUCCUGUGCACAGCCACA